CUCGCUCUAUACCCAAAUAGAUAAACUUUUCAAUUUUCAGCUAAAUCUCUCGAAGCAUAGAAGAACACGAAGAAGAAGAAGAAAAUGGUGAAAGUCUCGACCUACUUCGCGAUGACCUUUGGAGCCUUCCUAUUCUGGCAAUCCAUGGAUAAGCUUCACGUCUGGAUCGCUCUCCACCAAGACGAAAAGAAUGAGAGAUUGGAGAAGGAAGCAGAGAUCAAGAGAGUCCGGGAGGAGCUAUUGCAACAAGCCAAACAUAGGGACCCUCUCGCGUGACCGUUGCGUUGUGCUGUGAUGCCGGUGGCACAUUUCUCUUAAAUUCCUGUUGUUCCUGUUUUUCGUUAAUUUUUUAAGUUGCAGAGUUGAUAGAAUUAUAAUAAUCAAGUUAUCUGUUUUAAGCUGAUGACUGUGGCGUAAACAAAUUAUAUUUUACCUGUUUUAUGAACCAAGACUUCUUCUGUCUCUCUGCAUGUGUUGGAAUGUGAAGUGAAGUUGGCGUAA